UAGCCCCGCCCAUUGGGAGGUGAACGGAAGUGAAAGGAAACAGGCAGGCUAGUGUGGCCCUGACAGCAGAAAAACAGCUGUGACGCGAAGAAAGACCUUAAUAAAAGAGAAGAAAGAAAAGCAUUCUUUUCAGUUCUUUAGUUGAGAAAACCGGAUGGUGUGGAAGUAGAUAUUAGGUCAACAUGGUACUCAUCUGGGAGCCUCUUCCGAAGACGUUAAAACAGCUGGUGUUACUUUCCGCCUUGUUUCGUCUUGUUGUGUCUCAGGGUGAAGACAAGAAGCAGUUGCGACGAAACACCGGUGCUUCGGAAACGGUAGAGACUUACAACCAAUACUACAAUUAUGUUGACCUAACGAAACGCUUACAGGCUUUAGCGCAGAGCUACCCCCACAUUGCGAACCUGUCGAGCAUUGGUCGGUCCGUGGAGGGCAGGGAGUUGUGGGUGAUGCGGAUCACCGUGGAGCCCAACAAAGACACGCCGGGGAAGCCUAAAUUUAAGUACGUGGGGAACAUGCACGGAGAUGAGACCGUGUCCAGACAGGUGUUGGUCUACCUGGUGGAGCACCUGCUCGCUAAGUAUGGGGAGGAGGACCGAAUCACACAGCUGGUGAACAGCACGGAUAUUUACAUCAUGCCCAGCAUGAACCCUGACGGCUUUGAGAAGUCAAAGGAAGGGGACUGCGAAGGUGUAAACGAUGGUCGAAAUAAUGCCAGAAAUAAGGACCUAAACAGAAGUUUUCCCGAUCAGUUUGACGGGACCACAGUGAGUGGUCCAGAUACCAUUCCAGAGGUCAUGGAAGUGAUAAAAUGGAUCAAGGAGAAAAAAUUUGUUCUCUCUGGGAACCUGCACGGCGGCUCUGUGGUGGCCAGUUACCCUUUCGACGACUCUGCCUCCCACCAGCAAGGGGGCUUCUACAGCCAGUCGGCCGAUGACGAUCUGUUUCGCUACCUGGCCCUGGAGUAUUCCCGAAAUCACCCUGUGAUGAAGACGGGUCACCCUAACUGUCCCGACUCUCCCGGAGAAACCUUUAAAGACGGGAUCACCAAUGGAGCCAAGUGGUAUGAUGUGUCAGGAGGAAUGCAGGACUACAACUACCUGUAUGGAAACUGCCUGGAAAUCACCAUGGAGCUGAGCUGCUGCAAGCACCCUCCAGCUUCUGAGCUGCAUCAGGAAUGGGAUCUGAACAGGGAGUCCCUUCUGGCCUACAUGGAAAAGGUACACAUGGGAGUUCGUGGCUUUGUGAAAGAUGCAGUCAGCGGUUCCGCCCUCAGCAAUGUCAGCAUUGUGGUUGCUGGUAUCCGCCACAACCUGACCACAGCAAAAUUUGGAGACUACUACCGCCUUCUGCUCCCGGGAACCUACAACAUCACAGCUGUGGCUCCAGGGUAUCUACCAAAGACAUUCAACAAUGUUCAGGUUAAUGAGGGCAAACCCACUGAGAUUAACUUUACCCUGCAGCCUGUUGUCAGUGAGGCUGCAGGCAAGACCCCCCAAACUACAACCUCAACUCCAUCCACCAGUCACCUUGUUACUCCCUCUACGAAGGCUUCCAACAACAGCCAGGCUCACGCAGUUCCCACCACCCCUCUGUUCGUCCCACCUGUUCAUGAGUCCGUCCAUCCAAAAGAGUUUCGUCACCACAACUAUGCAGACAUGGAGCUCUUCUUACGAAAGUACAGCAGCGAGUUUUCCUCCAUCACCCAUCUUUACUCCAUCGGCCGCUCUGUACAAGACCGGGAGCUGUAUGUGAUGAUAAUCUCGGACAACCCUAAUGUUCACGAGCAUGGGGAGCCGGAGUUCAAGUAUGUGGGCAACAUGCACGGAAAUGAGGUGGUGGGAAGGGAACUGCUGCUCAACCUCAUUGAAUAUCUGUGUCGCAACUACGGUACCGACCCUGAGGUCACUCAGCUGGUCAACAGCACUAGGAUUCACAUCAUGCCCUCCAUGAACCCCGAUGGCUACGAGGUGGCUGUGGAAGGUGACGUGAAGGGCUACAGAGGACGGAACAACAGCAAUGAUUAUGAUCUGAAUCGCAACUUUCCAGACCAGUUUGUCACCAUCACCGAACCCAGGCAGCCAGAGACUAUAGCUGUCAUGAGCUGGUUGAAGAGCACCCCGUUUGUUUUGUCUGCAAACCUCCACGGAGGCUCCUUGGUGGUCAACUACCCGUUUGAUGAUGACAAAGAGGGGCUUAGUCAUUACAGCAGGUCGCCUGAUGAUGACGUAUUUAAGCAGGUGGCCAAAGCGUACUCACAGGAGAAUCCUCUCAUGUACAAAGGACACCCUUGUGACGACCUGGACCCAGAGGACUAUUUUGAGGAUGGCAUCACUAAUGGAGCCAACUGGUACACUGUUCCCGGUGGGAUGCAGGACUGGAAUUACAUCAACACAAACUGCUUCGAGGUGACCAUCGAGCUGGGCUGCGUCAAGUACCCCCUGGCUAAGGAGCUGCCAAAAUACUGGGAACAAAACUGGAGAGCUUUGCUGCAGUUUAUGCACCAGGUUCACACGGGAAUAAAAGGCACAGUUUCUGAUGACCAGGAUAAAGUGGGAGUUCCCAAUGCCACCAUCAGCGUGGGGGGAAUAGACCACAACGUCACUACGGGUCAUACUGGAGACUACUGGAGACUGCUGGUUCCUGGGACUUAUGCAGUCACUGCCUCUGCUGAUGGGUAUAAACCCUUGACGACCUACGCUACGGUCUCAAAGGACCGAGCAGAGGUAGUGGACUUCAGGCUGACCCGCUUAAACUCGGAAAAUACCGGCCAUGCGUCCACUGUUCCCCAGCUGACCCGGAGCCCAUCUGACAGGGAGCUCAACAGCUUGAUAAAGGAGCUGUCUCUAGACCAAGGUUUGGAGCAGCUGGUCAAGAGCACAGCCACUGACAGCAGCUUCCGCUACCGACGCCCAAAAGACCUGGAAGCCGUCUUGAGAGGCCUCACGCUUAACUUCCCCCAAAUUACAUCUUUACACAGACUGGGCCAAAGUGUAGAGUUUAGAAACAUUUUGGCUCUGGAAAUCUCCAACAAUCCAGCAGAACCCGAGCCGUCUGAACCGAAGAUCCGCUUCGUGGCGGGGAUCCACGGCAACGCUCCCGUGGGCACGGAGCUGCUGCUGGAGUUUGCCGCUUCUCUGUGCAUCAACUACGGCAAGAACGCCGCCAUUUCCAAGCUAAUCAACGAGACCCACAUCUUCAUUGUGCCCUCCAUCAACCCUGACGGACGGGAACAGGCGGCGGAGAAGAAAUGCUCGUCCAGCCGCGGCCUGACCAACUCCAAUGACAAAGACCUUGACAAGACGUUUUUCGGCAACUCGUCACAGCAUUUGAUGGAGCCAGAACCAGAGACCAAAGCAAUGAUGAAUUUUAUUCAAAGCUAUGACUUCAGUCUGUCUGUCGCCCUGGAUGGAGGCGCUCUGGUUGUCACCUACCCUUAUGACAAACCUGUUCAGACUGUUAAUAAUGAAGCCACUUUGAAGUACUUGGCAAAAGUGUACGCCAAGAACCAUCCCAAGAUGCACCCCGGUGACACUGCAUGUUCCAACAAUGGGCAAAUGGGAAAUGUCCCAGAUGGAGUGAUGAAAGCAGCAGAACUGCAAAGUCACAUGGGAAGCAUGAAGGACUUCAGUAUGGAUUUUGGACACUGCCCAGAAAUCACAGUAUAUACUGGCUGCUGUUUGUUUCCUGCUGCUAACCAGCUGGGCACGCUCUGGGCUGAGAACAAAAAGGCUCUCCUCAGCAUGCUGGUGGAGGUCCAUAAAGGGGUGCGUGGCGUAGUGAGGGACAGAAGUGGGAAACCGAUUGUCGGCGCGACCAUUUUUCUGAACACAACCCUGAAAGUCUCUACUUCUGAGGGCGGCUACUUCCACGUCCUCGUCCACCCGGGCUCCUAUAAUAUUGACGUCAUAGCUGAAGGCUAUCAAAGUCACCAUAAACAGGUUGUGGUCACUUCCCAUGAAGCUGCUGCUUUUGUCCUGAUAGAGUUUGAUGUAGACAACAGCAUAUUUGGAUUGCAAAGGGAGUUUGUUGUGGCCUGUGCAGCUGCCUCCAUGACAGCGCUGGUGUUGACGGCGUGCAUCAUUUGGUGCGUGUGCUCAGCGAAGUCCGACCAUCAGAAGGAUGGCUUCCACCGGUUGCGGCAGCACCGCGACGAAUACGACGAUGAAAUCCACCUCAACUCCAUGGGCUCCAAAAAGUCCCUGCUCGCCCAUGAGUUUCAGGACGAAAGCGAAAGCGAUGAAGAGACACUUUGUCCUGCUGGUGGACUACUGCCUGACCAGCAGGGUGCGAUGGAGGACGAUGAUGAUGAUGAACACAGAGUGAAUGAAGAAGUUCCUCUCCGGCCUCAUUGAUCCUUUGCAGCGGCUUUUUGUUUUUUGUGCCAUUCAAAAAGGCCUCUGCUUGUUCUGCCCCAGUUUAAAGGCCAAGCUGCCAAGUCCAAAUGAACUCCUGAAAACAAAUCUAGCAAGAAGUGUGGUAUCCCCCAAAAUGGAUCUUUGAAAUAAGCAACAAUUUAAUAAUCCUUCAAAAUUGGAAAUUCCUUUUUUUUUUUUUUUUUACUUCUUGAUCCAAAGUAGAAUAGCUGCACUGAAAGUGUCCGAGCCUUUGGGAGAACGUCUCCAACUCUGUGCCUUGGCUUCUGAAGGUUUAUCUGUCCAGUCAGACUGAAAUAGAUGUAACAAAGCUGCAUCUGCUUUCAAUAAAACUGAGAUUAUGCUGGGAAUUGAUCCAUCCAGUAGUUUGCUGAUGAGAAAAGAUGGAAAAAUCUUUCUCGUUAACGUUUUGGCACAAUUUUAAGGUGACUUGCCUGGGAGUUUAUCAGUUUUGUGUGUGUGUUUUUUUUGUUGUUGUCAGGCUUAAAUAAAAUUUUCCCUGGACU